GACUCUCGAACGUCUGGCUACAAUUAUACGCUGAGGUGUCACCUGCUGUGGAGACCUCUGACCCUUACCAGGUGCAUUCAUGCUACUUGAGAAUUCCAUGGAGGUGGAAGGGCCUUGGAGAGAAGUCUCCAGGAGGACGGACGGGCCGGAAGACGGCAGCACCCGUGUUGCAAGUCGUCCCCCAUCGAGUAGUCUGAGGGCUCCUUCUGCUGAUGUCCCCUCCUUGUGCCGGUCUCUGCCAGUCAGCAUCAGUCCGAACAGGUCGAAAGGGGGCGAGUCCCAGUCCUCUUCAAUGCCGUCGAUACCCAAUCCGUUUCCAGAGCUGUGUAGCCCCGCCCACUCUCCGGUCCCAAUGGGCGCUCUGCUGGGACAGAGCACCUCCUCCGCUGGGGCCACGCAUGUGGUGAAGGUGUACGGGGAGGAUGGUCGCAGCCGCUCCCUGUGGGUCCACGCGGGCACUACGGCGCGGGAUGUCAGCCGCAUGCUGGUGCAGACCGCUCACUGCGCGGACCAGGAGAGCUGGGCUCUCAUCGAGCUGCACCCGGCACUGGGACUGGAGCGCUGUCUUGAGGAUCACGAGACUGUGGUUGAGGUGCAGGCCACCUGGCCGCUGGAAGGAGACAACAGGCUCCUCUUCCGCAAGAACUACGCCAAAUACGAGUUUUUCAAGAAGCCAAUGCAGUUCUUCCCAGAGCACAUGAUAUCCGACAGCGCUGAUGUCAACAAAGGCAUGACAUCAUCAGAACUCAUCCAGAACCUGCUGAACUCCGGGAGCUGUCCGGAGAUCCAGGGCUUCCUGCAGGUGCGGGAGCCAAGCCGCAAGGCGUGGAAGAGGUUCUGCUUCUUCCUGAGGAGGUCCGGCCUCUACUGUUCCACCAAGGGCUCCUCAAAGGAGCCUCGGCAUCUCCAGUACGUAGCAGACUUGGAAGAUCUGAACAUCUACGGCGUCAUCGAUGGCCGCAAAUUGUACGGCGCCCCUUCCGACUUCACCUUUUGCAUAAAGCCGAGCAGGAAUCGCGCACGCUCGCGGGACAUGAAGCUCCUGUGUGCAGAGAACGAGCAGAUCCGCACGUGUUGGACCACCGCUUUCAGGCUCUUCAAGUAUGGAAAACAGCUCCAGUGUAACUACCAGCUGUCCCAGUCCAUACGGCUGCAGGAGGGUGCCGUGCGUCAAGGCCCCAAGCACUCUGUGACGGAAGCCUCUCUGGUGGCCAUGGAUUUUUCCGGAAAGGCUGGGGGCCGAGUGAUCGAGAACCCCAAGGAGGCGCAGCAUGCCGAGCAGGAGGAGGGACUGGCUUGGAGGAAGAAGACGGCACUGCGCUACAGCCUGCCCAACACCUGCCAUGGCUCCCGCAGCACCUCAAUUCACCAGACCCAGCCCUGGUUCCACGGGGGGGUGUCGCGUGGGGAAGCCCAGCGGCUCAUCGAGGAGCAGGGCCUUGUGGACGGGAUGUUCCUAAUCCGGGACAGCCAGCAGCAUGCCAAGUGCUUCGUCCUCUCGCUUUGCUACAAGCUCAAGACCAAGCAUUACCUCAUCAUCCCGUGUGAAGAGGGCGGCAGGAACUACUACACCAUGGAUGAUGGCGUCACGCUCUUCAUAGACCUACUGCAGCUGGUGGAGUUCCACCAGAUAAACCGCGGUAUCCUGCCCGUGUGCCUUAAACACCCCUGUGUCUGCGUAGCGCUUUAACUACGGCUCUAUAAGCCAAAGAGACAGCGGAGCCCCGAGCUCCACCGCAUCCCGGCCCUGGAUGGGUGGUUGCUUCUCCAGGGCCAGAGCAGCAGCGGUAGCAGGAGGAGUAGAAGGAGAGAUCAGCUAGAAGGAGAGAUCAGCUCUGGAGCUAUAUCCGCACUACUCGGGUCAUUCCGGAACUUCAUGCGAGCAGGUGUCCUGGCUCAAUGUGACGUUGACGAAGUCAUGUGAUCAGGUACCCCUCACAGUUUCCCGCUGAGAAAGAAGUUAACUGGACAGAAGUUAAGGUUCGGGUGUCAUCAAGGUUGAAGGGGCCAACGGUGCGUUAACUUCUCCGUGUCGGGAUGAAACAAAAGUCCCGUCUGGGAAUCCAGUAACGUCCACGAGACGGUGAGAAUGACUCUCUUCCUCUCUUUCCCUCUCUGUCUCUCUCGAGGCAACAAACCCCGGUGUCGACACAUGUAGCAGCGGCACAUUGCGCUUAGGCUCUGUUUUUCUCAUUUUUAAGUUGUUCUUUUUUACGUUUUCCCCUGUUAAAUGCAUCUUGGUUGAGAAUCCACACACGCUCUGAUUUGAAUCUAAUUAGGAGAAGUUUAGUGGGGCAUAAAAGGCCAUGAAAUUUUAAUUGGGGGUGCUGGAGCUGAAGCGCGCCGCUGGCAGACUGUUGGGGAGACGGUGCGAGACGGUGCGGCAGGACGACGCUCCCGCCUCCCCGCGGAGCCCUGUUGGGGAAACCGCUGCAGGUGUUGCGUAGGAUUCUUGCGAGAUGCCGACAGACUCCUCUGUUGAGAUGCCAGCCGGCAUCGCCUCGUCUCUCGGCCCAUUGAUAUCUGUCCUCGUGAUUUUUCUCGCUCUGUGAUGAUCCCCCCCCCCCCCACAAUCACCGAUGUGAUGGAGCCCCUGGCAAACACACUUUUUGCUUAAUUAGUGAUACCCAGAUUUUAACUUUCAACAGACCGGAUUGGUUAUCUAGAUUUUUCCAUUGGCGUGGAAAGGUUUUGAAUUUCAGAGCCUAAAUUAAAAAAAAAAAAAAAAAACUGGAUAUCUUUAGGUUGUAUUAUGUAUGUCUCCGUGAUGCAGUUCUACCUUCUCUCUUCCUCUGUCCUGCAUUUGGUUCAGUGCUCCUUCGCGUCACCGGUAGGAGACACACGUGGGCAUUAAAUUGUUCCUUCCUCCUCCACCCCUGCUCUCCUGCCCACUGUCUGCUGUGAGCUGCAGGGCAGGUGACGUAGGCCACAGGUACAUCCGAAUUUCAUGCAGAAUACCUUUAAACAAAAGAUCCGUGUGGAUUUCCCAGGAAAGCAAAGCAAGUCGUCCGAAGCUACCUUAAAAAAAAAAAAAAAAAAAAAAAGCGCUCUUUUGCACAGAUGUGGUGUUUUAAUUUACCUUCAGUGCCGUUUUUCUGGACAUUUCAAACUGACAGCUGCAGUUUUAAAAAGGGGGUUUUGUGUUUGAAGCAGCAUCCUGUCUGUCCUAUCUUUUCUUCAAAGGUUCUCAUAAAGGAAUCUCACCAGUUUUGGAUCAGUUUCUUUUUUUUUUUUUUUAAAUUUUUUUUUUAUUUUUUUUUUUUUUUAUUUUUAAAACACCAAUUGGUCUAAUUGUCCAUCACAGAGACACUGGUGAUAUUUCUUUUUGCCAGUACAACUAACAUAUUUUUAAAUGUGUGA